AUGCUUGUCAAACGAUCCACCACCACCACCACCCCUUUGACAGAUGAAAAAGCUGGAAAUGGCGGCAGCGUUGGCGUCAGUGGCGGUAGCGGUGGUGGUGGUGGUGGUGGUGGUGUUGGCGUCGGUGAUGGUAGCGCCGACCUCAUUGUUGCUCUGGAUGCUGGUAUGGCAGGCUGCGUAGUCGCCGGGACCGACUACAGCAGUACUGUGUCUAUGGGAGCUUCUAGUGGCCUGGGCUCGAGUCUCAAUCCCAGAGGACACGUUGCCAGCAGGAAAAGCGGGCUUCUUCGCGGCUUCUCUGCCAAUACAAGUAACAGUGAAGGAUCGCCCUCGGUUACGGUAUCAGCUAACAUCUGCAAACGGCCCUCAACUGGCUACUCGAGCCUUCUUAGUUUAGCUGCUGGCCCUCGAACUCUCAGCACUGGCACCGAUUUACCUGUAAACUCACUGAGCCCUAUUCGAGCGGCUUUUAGCUUAUCAAACAUCUCGUCUCUCUCGUCCACCAUCAACAGUUCUGAAAGUAAAAAUAGCAGAUAUACUUGUGGCAGGAGCAGUAGCAACUCCACUGCCUCCUCUGUUUCUAGUGGAGGUAAAGUAUCUUUGCGUGGUGUCAAGGUGACUCGGCUAUCGUCGCGCCUUUCCAGUGAUGCUCAACUAAAAACAGGUCUUUUUGCCGAAUUUCGACGCUAUGGCCACAUCAGCUCAGUUGUCGUUCUGCCCCCUGGGCACACAACGGCCCCUCCCCCUUCAUCAAAUGACUCUUCAACUGUUGGAUCGAGCACUCCCACACGGUGCGCAGUGAUCACCUAUCAGAAAUGUGCGGACGCUGAACGUGCCUACCAGGCAUACUGGGGCGCAGAUAAACAAGUACUUGGAAGCCGAGUCUGUGUCAGCCUUCACCCUGGCUUUGGUAAGUUAUGGAUACUAACGAUACUAUGUAUUGUUCUGAAGAAUUUCAUUCCAUAUUGGAGUAUAUGCUGA